AAACACUCAUCCAAUGAAAACGAUUCUUUCAAAAUACAUUGUCUUAUGUUGCCAGGAACAACAACAGAGCUGAGUUAGAAACUGCAUGUGCACACUUGUGUUGUUGUGAAUAAACCAAGAUGGACAGGGAUGGGGAAGAAAGAUUUUGCUUUGUCGCUGAGUGGUAUGAUCCACAUGCAGCCUUUGUCAGGAGAUACCAAUUCAUGUACUAUGUUAAAGAUGGCACAGUAGAAAUGUUUGACAUAAAGAACCACAGAAUGUUUCUGAAGAAAACUCGUAUUGAAAGCAUUCGCCCAGAGGAUUUGUAUAUUGGAAAUACAGUAAAUAUUCUGUCCCGACAAAUGAACUUUGUGGAUUAUGGAGACGAUUUUACCAGAUCACGGCUUUCACAUAAAAAAGAAAGAACUCUUGGUAUGAUCAAGCCAGAUGCAGUUGCAAAAAUGGGACAGAUAAUUGAUGCUAUUUGCCAGAGGGGUUUCCUGAUUACAAAAUUAAAAAUGUGCCAGCUGAACCGAAAUGAAGCCUUUCAAUUUUAUCAAGAACACCAAGGAAAGCCUUUCUUAGAUACUCUCCUAAACUUCGUGACAAGGGGACCGGUCAUUGCUUUUGAGCUGAUGGGAGAGGGCUGUAUAUCGUCCUGGAGGGAUACCCUAGGACCUACUGACUCUGCCUUAGCCCGCUCAGAUGCACCUCAAUCAAUCCGUGCCAGGUUCGGGAAAGAUAAAACAGAGAAUGCCUGUCAUGGCUCGGAUGGUUUCGCCUCAGCAGCCAGGGAGCUGGAGUUCUUUUUCCCCAGCAGUGGUCCCUCUCGACAGAACACUGCCAAAUUCACUGACUGCACCUGUUGUGUCAUCAAACCCCACGCUGUCAAAUCAGGCUUGGCUGGAAAGAUUAUCAGCAGUGUUUUGGAGGCAGGAUUUGAAAUCUCAAUGAUUGAAAUGUUCCACAUGGAGAAGGCCAAUGCAGAAGAGUUUUACGAGGUUUACAAAGGUGUGGUGCAGGAGUACGGCUCAAUGGUGGCCGAGCUGACCUCUGGACCUUGUCUGGCCUUGGAAAUCCGAGCACAGCAUGCACCUCAAGCAUUCCGGGAAAUGGUGGGGCCUUCAGAUCCGGAGAUUGCCCGUCAUCUUCGACCCCGCACACUGCGAGCAUUAUUUGGAGUCGACAAAGUCCGUAAUGCAGUUCACUGUACUGACCUUCCGGAAGAUGGAUUAUUAGAGGUGGAAUAUUUCUUUAAGAUUCUUGGACGAUGAAAAAUUCACAGCUGUGUAACAUUUAGUGUAUUGAAAUACGGACAAUGAAAGGACCACAUUUUUGUGCAUUUGACAGAUAGGAAGAAGAGAGGUUGAUCAAACUGUGAUAAUACUUAUGGCAAUGUGACUUCUCAUUUCGUCGUUUUGAAGCAAAUAUACAUGUACUAUAAUAAUGAUAUAUAAUACAGUUCCUACUCAACAA